AUGCUGGCAUUCUUUAAAGACUCCUCUAUUAUUUCUUUUAGGAUAUUGUCAAUUCUUUUACUUUUUACUUUAGCCACGUGUCAGUCAAACAGUCAAAAUUUUCCUACUUCUAUUGCAAAUCAAGUAGACUCAAAAUUGGAUGAGGUUGAACCUUUGUCGAUUCCACAGAGAAAUUCACAAGAUGAUUUUCAGGGCUCUGGGGUUAAUCCAGACGACGAAGACGGGGAUGUAGAUGAAGGAUCUGGAGAUGGUAUUGAAGGUUCAGGAAGCCCCCCUAUUGAUGACAAUGCUCAGAUAGAUACACAAACUAAUAUAAAUAAUAUUGAAGAGAUACGAAAAGGCAAUAUUGAAUUAACUGGAGUUCCAGUUUCUACCAAAACAAAUGUGACAGCAACAGAGGACGAAAGUUUACCUCGAACAUCCAAGCCUGCUACAAAAACUGAGCAGCCUCUAUUUUCUGAUACACGGGUUAAUAUAACCAAAGAAUCAACGCCAGCAUCUACAACAAUUGUAAAAACCAAAGAAAUCAAAACAAGUACAACAAUUAAAGAAAAGAGUGAAAAAGAACGGUUUCCAACAGAAUUUGUCCCUCCCAUUCCAACAACAACUAAAAGGCCAACAACUACUUCAACAAUUAAAACGACACCUAAAGCAACAAUUUCAUCAACUAAAAGCACAAAAUUGCCAAAACAGAAAAUGCCUCCUCCGCCUUUUAUUGUCGAUCCGACGGGAACUUUGGAACAGCUCAAACCUGGAGUUUUUGCACUUAUUGUUGGUGGUGCAGUUGUUUUUGUGCUAUUAAUUAUAUUAGUGAUUACUUACAUUUUCUAUAGGAUAAGGAAAAAGGAUGAGGGUUCUUAUAUUUGUGAAGAUCAUGUUCAAACACAUCGUUUUUCAAAUUAUUACCAAAAAGCAUCGACAAAAGAAUUUUACGCUUAA